GAUGGCCCCACCAGGGCAGGCCCUGCGGACACCCCUCCCUCGGGCUGGCGGAUGCAGUGCCUAGCGGCCGCUCUUAAGGACGAAACCAACAUGAGUGGGGGAGGGGAGCAGGCCGACAUCCUGCCGGCCAACUACGUGGUCAAGGAUCGCUGGAAGGUGCUGAAAAAGAUCGGGGGCGGGGGCUUUGGCGAGAUCUACGAGGCCAUGGACCUGCUGACCAGGGAGAACGUGGCCCUCAAGGUGGAGUCAGCCCAGCAGCCCAAGCAGGUUCUCAAGAUGGAGGUGGCUGUGCUCAAAAAAUUACAAGGGAAGGACCACGUAUGCAGGUUCAUUGGCUGUGGCAGGAACGAGAAGUUUAACUAUGUCGUGAUGCAGCUGCAGGGCCGGAACCUGGCUGACCUGCGUCGCAGCCAGCCACGAGGUACCUUCACGCUGAGCACCACGCUGCGGCUGGGCAAGCAGAUCCUGGAGUCCAUUGAAGCCAUUCACUCCGUGGGCUUUCUGCACCGUGACAUCAAGCCGUCCAACUUUGCCAUGGGCAGGCUGCCUUCCACCUACAGGAAGUGCUACAUGCUGGACUUUGGGCUGGCCCGGCAGUACACCAACACCACGGGGGAUGUCCGACCGCCUCGGAAUGUGGCCGGGUUUCGGGGGACUGUUCGCUAUGCAUCAGUCAAUGCCCACAAGAACCGGGAGAUGGGCCGCCACGAUGACCUGUGGUCCCUCUUCUACAUGCUGGUGGAGUUUGCAGUGGGCCAGCUGCCAUGGAGGAAGAUCAAGGACAAGGAACAGGUGGGAAUGAUCAAGGAAAAGUACGAGCAUCGAAUGCUGCUGAAGCAUAUGCCCUCAGAGUUCCACCUCUUCCUGGACCACAUCGCCAGCCUCGACUACUUCACCAAGCCUGAUUACCAGUUGAUCAUGUCGGUGUUUGAGAACAGCAUGAAGGAGAGAGGCAUUGCUGAGAAUGAGGCCUUUGACUGGGAGAAGGCGGGUACGGAUGCCCUCCUGUCCACGAGCACCUCCACCCCGCCCCAGCAGAACACCAGGCAGACAGCAGCCAUGUUUGGGGUGGUCAAUGUGACCCCAGUGCCUGGAGACCUGCUCCGGGAGAACACGGAGGACGUGCUGCAGGGCGAGCACCUGAGUGACCAGGAGAAUGCACCCCCAAUCCUGCCUGGGAGGCCCCCUGAGGGUCUGGGCCCUAGCCCCCACCUUGUCCCCCACCCUGGGGGUCCUGAGGCUGAAGUCUGGGAGGAGACGGAUGUCAACCGCAACAAACUCCGCAUCAACAUCGGCAAAACCCCCUGUGUGGAGGAGGAGCAGAGCCGAGGUGUGGGAGUCCCCAGCUCCCCUGUGCGUGCCCCCCCAGAUUCCCCAACAACCCCAGUGCGUUCUCUACGCUACCGGAGGGUCAACAGCCCCGAGUCGGAGAGGCUUUCCACGGCGGAUGGGCGGGUGGAGCUACAUGAGAGGAGGUCCCGAAUGGAUUUGCCUGGAUCACCUUCGCGCCAGGCCUGCUCCUCACAGCCGGCUCAGAUGCUCUCAGUGGACACGGGCCAUGCUGACCGGCAGGCCAGUGGCCGAAUGGACGUGUCAGCCUCCGUGGAGCAGGAGGCCCUGAGCAACGCCUUCCGCUCGGUGCCCUUGGCCGAGGAGGAGGACUUUGACAGCAAGGAGUGGGUCAUCAUUGACAAGGAGACAGAGCUCAAGGACUUCCCUCCUGGGGCUGAGCCCAGCACAUCGGGCACCACAGACGAGGAGCCUGAGGAGCUGCGGCCACUGCCCGAGGAGGGCGAGGAGCAGCGGCGGCCGGGGACAGAGCCUACUGUUCGGCCCCGGGGACGCAGUAUGCAGACACUAGCUGAGGAGGACCUGCGGCAGAUGCCGCCUCAGCCCCCACCACCUCAGCUGAGCCAGGCUGAUGGCCGGUCAGAGACAUCACAGCCCCCAACGCCUGGCAGCCCUUCCCACUCGCCCCUGCACUCGGGACCCCGCCCUCGACGGAGAGAGUCGGAUCCCACAGGCCCACAGAGACAGGUGUUCUCUGUGGCACCCCCGUUUGAGAUGAAUGGCCUCCCGAGAGCUGUGCCUCUGAGCUUGCCCUACCAGGACUUCAAGAGAGACCUCUCCGAUUACCGAGAACGGGCACGGUUGCUCAACAGGGUCCGGAGGGUGGGCUUCUCGCACAUGCUGCUCACCACCCCCCAUGUCCCGCUGGCUCCUGUUCAGCCUCAGGCUAAUGGGAAGCCGGAAAAGGAGGAGGAGGAGGAGGAAGAUGAAGAUGAGGAAGAAGAGGAGGAGGAGGAAGAGGAGGAGGAGGAGGAAGAGGACGAGGAGGAGGAAGAGGAGGAGGAAGAGGAGGAGGCAGUGGCCCUGGAGGAGGUACUGGAGCCCCGCAGUGGCUCUAGCAGUGACGGGAGCGAGAGGAGCACCGACCGGAGCCAGGAGGGGGCCCCGUCCACACUACUAGCUGACGAUCAGAAGGAGUCCAGGGGCCGGGCCUCCAUGGCUGACGGGGACCUGGAACCUGAGGAGGGCUCCAAAACGCUGGUGCUCGUCUCCCCUGGCGACAUGAAGAAGUCGCCCGUCACUGCCGAACUGGCCCCCGACCCUGACCUGGGCACCCUGGCUGCCCUCACUCCUCAGCAUGAGCGGCCCCAGCCCACUGGCAGCCAGCUUGACGUGUCGGAGCCAGGUACCCUGUCCUCCGUCCUCAAGUCUGAGCCCAAGCCCCCGGGGCCUGGAGCAGGGCCAGGAAUGGGGACUGGUUCCACAGGGACAGCGGGUGUGGCAGUGACUUCCUCACCCUUCACCAAAGUUGAGAGGACCUUUGUGCACAUUGCGGAGAAAACCCACCUGAACGUCAUGUCUUCCGGAGGACAAGCCUUGCGGCCUGAGGAGUUCAGCACUGGGGGCGAGCUGGGUCUGGAGGUGCCUUCUGAGGGGGGCAUUAUGGAGGAGGGGGCUCCAGUGCCCCUGGAGAAUGGCAUCGCCCUGUCAGGGCUGGAUGGGGCCGAGACGGAGAGCUGUGCCCUGUCUGGACCUCCAGGAGAAACACCCUCAGAGGUGGCCACGGACUUACUGCCCAAUGGCCCAGCCUUUACUGACGGGCCAGUCCUAGCAUCAUCCCCACCAGAGCCAGGCCCUGAGAAAAUGGCCACCAUCUCCCCCAGCCGCCAUGCCAGACCAGGCCCUCGCCCCAGGAGCCGUAUUCCUGUCCUGCUGUCUGAGGAGGACACAGGAUCGGAACCCUCAGGCUCGCUGUCAGCCAAAGAGCGGUGGAACAAGAGGGUCCGGCCACAGCAGGACCUGGCACGGCUGGUAAUGGAGAAGAGGCAGGGUCGUCUGCUGUUGAGGCUGGCCUCAGGGGCCUCAUCCUCCUCCAGCGAGGAGCAGCGUCGUGCCUCUGAGACACUCUCAGGCACGGGCUCCGAGGAGGACACGCCUGCCUCAGAGCCCGCAGCAGCAGCAGCCUUGCCUAGGAAAGUCGGGAGGGCAGCUGCCACCCGGAGCCGGAUUCCCCGCCCCAUCAGCAUCCGCAUGCCCACACCUGCCGCAGCCCAGCAGCCCCCAGGCAGAUCCCAUGGUGCGGCCCCAGCAUCUGACACAGCCAUCACCAGCAGGCUCCAGUUGCAGAAGCCCCCAGGGUCGGCCCCUGCUGCUGACCCCCGUCCCAGUUCGAAACAGCUCCCAGGUCGCGGUCCUGGCACAAGGCGAGCCCAAGCCACCAAGCCCCCCGCGCCCAGCAGUCCUGGCCUCCCCACCUCGGCCCCACGCCAUCCCAGCGCGUCCCCACGGAGCCAGUCCCUGUCCCGCAAAGAGAGCCCCUCCCCCUCUCACCAGGCCCGGUCUGGGCCUCCCCCACCCCGGGGUGUCCUCCAGGGCCGAGCCCAGCCGGAUGGCACCCCUACCCCCGGGGGAGCCAAGAAAGGACCCAGAGGGAAACUUCAGAAUCAACGCGCAACAACCAAAGGCCGGGCGGGGGUCGCGGAGGGCCGGGCCGGGACCAGAUAAUGACGCCCGCGGCUCUCUUCGGCCCCCAACCCUCACCCCGGCCCCCGCCCGCAGCCGGCCACACUGGAACAGCUUCCAGCACAGCCUUACGCGCCCUAUGCGCGCCCCAGCUUCCCGCCUGCACCUGCGAGGACGUGCGCGAGCACACGUCGCACCCUUCUGGCCCUGCCAGGCCAGGGGAGGGGAGUAGCUGUCUCUCCUUCCUCUCUCCGCGUCCUCCCCUCCUCCUGCUGUCCCUCUGCCCGGGCAGGCUCAUGACGACCCCUCCGCCCGGGAAGGCUCAGCCAUCCCCCACUCACACACCAGGCCCUCGCUGCUCUCCAUGCUCCCCAGGGGUCUCUGCUUACCCUUCCUGCAGCAUCUUCCCUCCUUCCCUCUUCCAGUCAAUGCUCCCUCCCUCCACGAAACAGCCUCAAAUUCCAGAAGUGGAGACUCCAGCCUCCCCACUGUCUCCUGUGGUGGCCAGGGAAGGCCUCUCAGCUGUCAGCCCCAUGGGGUUGGGAAGGUGGGACCCUGGGGCCAUGGGUAUACUCAGGUGUGAGGGGACUGCUCUGACCUGCCCCAAAGUCAGCUCCAUCCUGGGCAGUGGGCAGGUGAUUCUUGCAAGGGGACGGGGUUCUUUGUACAUUUGGAGUGCAGAGACCCCUAUCCUCCUAAACUUGGGUGGGGCCAUGGGGACACAGUGGGAGGAGUGUGGGCUGCUUUCUGGGCAAGUGUUUCCCCGUGGAAAUUUAGACAAAGAUUUUAAAAAGGUUUCACUCUCUCUCCCCCUGUUCCCCUGAUAUAGUACUGCUCAGGACCCCUUCCCAUCAGGAAUUCCUUCCUGCCCUCUAAUUUCAAUCCUGCCUAUUGCAGUUUCAGCCAGCUCCCAUCUCUCCUGAGUUCCAUGCAGGUGGAGAGUGGCUAUUUAUCACCUUCUCUGCUCUGGCCCUUUGGAGAUUCAAGGUCUGGGUUCUGGUUGGGUCACUCCCUGUGGGGAGUAGGCUGGGUCAGACAUCAUCUCCCCCAAGGGCAGAGGGAGCAGGAACUGGUGGACUGACAGUUGGUCCCUGGAGGCAGAACGUCCCUUCUAACUUUCCGAUUGUGUACUUGUGUGUUGGGUCUCUAGCUCAUGCCCACUCCUCCCAGCUCACCCUUCAUCCUGUCCCUUCUUGUCCUAAACCCAGUCCAUGCAGUGCCACUGCUCCGUGGAGCAUGAAUGUGGGGCCUCCUCCUGGGUUCUGGCUCCAGCAUAGCUCAUCCCACCUCAUCAUGAGCCUCAACUGCCUACCUGUGGGGCAAGCAGCCCACUGGCUGCUGAAGAGACAGUCAACCCUGCCCAUCUGGGACAGGGCCCCGGCAGGGCUCCUCCAUCCUCAGCACCUAUAGACUCUGUCCCCUGGCCUGGCCCCUCUGUCCUUCCCUGAGCCAUAGAGAGCAAGCCAAGAUAUUAGGGGGAAGAGGAAAAGAGGCUUCAGCCUGCCCCAGAAGUCUGGCCACAUCCAGCCACCAUCACCCAGAAGGACACCUAAGAAGAAGCUGGCCCAGGAGCAGACUGGUGGUGCCAGUUGAACUCCCUCAUGGAGAGUCAGCAGGCUCAGGCAGCUGCUUCCAUGCCAAGGGGGCACUUUCUCUGCAGACCAGCCCAGGGGAGGACACCACAGUGGACAGUUUUUGAGGUCCAUCCCAUGCUGAUGCAGAAGCUUCCAGAACACUCAGGAAAACCUCUUCAGACACAGCCCUUCUUGUCAACCUGAGGCCCUCCCAAGGCCCUCUACCACCCUCUGGGUCCAGCAGAGGGGGUGGAAGAGGGGCCACUCCUUCCCACCUAGAGCUUCUCUGAAUGACAAUCAGCUCCUGCCAGAUGGGAACCAGGGCAAUGACCCCUGGUGCCCAGGCCCUGGACCUGCUCCUUGCUACCAACCGAACUGUGAAUGUAGGGCCCCCAGCCUCACCUCUGCCCUAGGAUCAACAACACCCUGGAUUGGAGUUGGGAGAAAGAGGGUGUUGAGAGAGCCCCAGGUCCAUCCCACCCCCAGCUUCUCCCAGCACCAGAGCUGGCUGACAAAACCCAGUCUGCCCUAGACCUCCCUAGGGCACCCAACCGACCUCAGGCCUGGCCUCUGAGUCACUGAAUGUUACCAGGUAAGGUAGGAGGAGGGAAAGAGCCAGUGUGGGGGGUAGGGGUGUGGCUAGGGGACUGAGUCUGCUUCUCUCCCUAGGAAAGAUCCAGGGAGAUCCACACCUCCCAGUGCCCCCACCCUCAGCUGCUGCCUCUUUUUCCCUGAACAUCCAUCCCCUGCAUCAGGCCCUCCAGGUCUUGAGUUCCUCCUCUAUAAGAGUGUUACACUACCACCGCCACCAUACCCCACUUCCCCCACACCUCCCCAUCACAACCGCCUAUGUCACUGGCUCUGAUGUGGGGUGUACUCACCUCAGAACACACCUCCCCUCCCCAGUCAAUCUAUGUGCAAAGGGGGCACAGGAGAAAGGCCUUGCCCCAAGUACAUGGGCUUCCUCCUCCCCAACUCCUUCAGGGGCCUGGUUUGCUCCAGGAAACAGCCCUGUGAGUGUUGUGGGGAGGGACAGGGAGUUGCCCACCCUCUACUGUGGGAAGCCACCGAAGAAUGUUUACAUGCCAAACAGAAUGUAACACCUCUCCCCCACCCCUCCCCAGUCACUGCAUGGCCUCUGCCUAUUCCAACCCAUCUAUCCCCGCCCCAACACCCUGGAAGCCGCUGUCAUGAUUAGAUAGGGUCUUGGAAGGGAAGUAGCCAUUACACCAUUAAAAAGCCUGUGGACCUUUCUGUUGGCUUGGACUCUUCUUCCCUUUGGGCAGAGGGAGGGCAAAACCCAAGCCCUGGGAGUGGGAUGGGCAGGAGAAAAGAGGACAGGUUGGUGGGCAAAUGGGCAGGGACUGUACUGGAAGCUGACACUGUCUCUACAGAGGAGGAUGGAAGCUCAGGAUGGAUACAGGUCAUACAGGUGGAAGGAGACUGUCCUGUUAGCCUCCUGACAGCAAAGCUUGGACUUUCUCAGCCCCUUGGUUACCUCUGCUGAGGGCCAGAGACUAAAUCUUGGCUUUGUGCAAGAGGGAGGGAGGAAGAAAGAAUUUUCAUUGCCCUAAAUGUAACAAACAAAAAGGAGAGUGUUGGGAAAACCACAAAGUACAGCAGCUCACAGGCAAGGUUAUUAUAGCAAAACUUGUCAAAAUCACAAAUGAACAUAGCCUUUGACACAGUGUCUCCACUUCUAGAAAUUUACCCUAGGGAUGUACUUGUACACACUAAUUAUGUGUGUCCAGAGUUAUUCACUGAAGCUCUUUGUAUUGCACCACAGAGCCUCACCUGUAAUUCCAAAACCCCCAAAGUUCUGAAAACUGGGAAUUUUUUCAUUAGAUUGGUACAAACUCACUUGAUAUCAAAACAGGACAGGAUGGUUUAUAAUCUUUAUUAAUUCCACUUAUCAUACAUGUUUUCAGUGGAAAUAUGAAUGUUUUUGAUUAUGGGGCACUGCUCUAGAUUCUAUUAGGGUAUUUCAUAAUAUAGGGAAUAUGCACUGAAUUACCUUUUCUUUCUUUUUUAAAAAAUUAUUUCUGUCUCUGAUUUGGAUAAGAAACUGUGGACCUAUAAAAUAACCGUUCCACAGCACCCUAAAUGUUCAUUAAUUGGGACUGGACAACAGAGCAUGGCCCAUGCAUGUGAUGGGGACCCCAAUCAUGGGGUACUAUGAGACUCUAAAAUGGAAGAGGCAGCUCUUUAUAUACACUUAUGGGCCAGUUUCCAUGACGACAGGAUAUGGUACAAUUCUUUGGGUGGAACAGAGCGUGAGAUGAAUCAGCAGUCUCUGGUCACCUCAGGAAGAGAGGACCCAGGUAGGGAGGAAGCUGUACUGUUGGGUGUGCUACCUUUUGCAUUUUGAAUGCUAAAUUCACUUAGGAGUGGAACUUUCACCUAGUGAAUGCAUAAACGAUUUCUGUCCCAAGCCCAGGCUCUGUGUAGCACUGGGAUGGCAGUGAGGGGGAAGGCUCAAGCUCCAAAGCCCUACUGUCUCUGAGGAGGCCACCAUGGUGUCCUGGGACCGCCUUUUUCCAACACAGUCACUAGUGGGGUCUAGGGUCUUCAGUGGGCCCCCCUGUGCUUUCACUUUCCUUGUUUAAAAUGUCAAAAUCAGGAAUACUUGUAGUAAAUGCCAGAAGCAUAUAAAAUAAAAUAUCAAGACCCCAUCCAUGAAUGCAACUCUUGUGAACAGCUUGGUGUAUAUCAUUAUAGAUCUUUUUUUAUGUUUAUAAUAACUCUUCUGUCUAUCCAUAUAUGUAAACAUUUCUUAUAAAUAAAA